GAGACUCAGCAACUGCUCCAGAGAAGUGUCUCCUGUGUAAAACCCCAGGCUCCGGUACAAUGUACCAGUCCAGCUUUGUGCCACGGGAGUAUUACCCAGCCAUGAUCCCACCUUCUGCCUAUGCCUACCCACCGCUGCGGCCCGGGAGAGCAGAGGACGUGUCCAGCUCUGUGAUGUUCCCUCCCAUCCACAUGCACAACUUCUACAGUCGCCCUAUCACCUUUGUGGUGGACCGUAACAGCUACCCUCACUAUGUGGGAGGUCAGGUGGAGUAUCAUCACCUCUAUAGUGCCUCCAAUCCCUAUGUCCAUCCAUACCAUGCCUGGCACUUCCCUCCCAUGGUCCCUAUCCCUCUCUACAAUCCCUAUGCAAACUACCAUCCCUAUGCUGCCUACCAGAGGUCAGAUCAGUAUCGAGACACGUGGCCAGAAGGCUUCACAAUGAGAGGGGAGCUUCAAUGGGGGAAGCUUGGAAAGGUGUUUGGGCCAAGGAAAGACCUCCCAGAAUUUGUGAAGGAUGAUCUCCGGAGGGUUUAUGGCACUUACCCUCGGACCAGUGUUUCCAUAUCCUAUCGGAAAGGAGAGUUCUUGGUCAAGGGAGACCCCAAGAUAGAAGACCAGGAAUAUGCAGUGGAAAAAAAGGUCAUCCAGCGGGCUGUGACCCCCAGUGCCAGCGAGGCAGAUGACAGCAGUGAAGACCGGAACCGUAAGAAGAAAAAGAAACUGAGACAUUGAGGUAGUCAGACAGCCAAUGGACAGAUGCUGCAGUACCCUCAUGGGAGCCAGCUGGCAGCUGGUUUUGGUGUAGUUGGCAAGAAACACAAGCAAUGGAUGCCACCACUCCUGUUGAUUUUUUUUUUUUUUUUUUUUUUUUUAAACUGCUCCCCAUCCUUCACAAUCUUAUGGCAGAUUUACCCUUUUUGAUGCACAAGCCCAUCCUGUGAAGAAACCAAUGACACCUGACUGUUGGAUCAGCUCAUUGGUCCUGGUUUUGAAAUGAGUAUUUGAUUUCCACUGGUUUGGUUGAUUGGUCACAGGCUGGUGGGGGAUCUCCAAACAGCAGCCCUUGAUCAGAGAAGAUGGGCCUCUUCCUGCCUUGUCCAGGGGAAGGGCCUCUAAGCUGCUUCCCUUCCUGGAGAGAUAAAAGCUGAAUUUCCUCUAUGCUGAGGGCAGUGCACAUCCCAGAGGACACAGGGGUUCUUGAACACUCUACAGAGCAAUUGUCUGCAUGUCUUGUCACUGCUGUUUAUGACCAUAUCAUUGUGCUUAAUCACCAUGUGAGGCCUGUAUGCAGCACUUCCCUACACUCUGGCAAAAGAUCCUGGUGUCCCCAUCCUCUUACCCUUGAUAACACGGUGCUCAGUGCUCCUGGCCACAUGUCCUUGUUGAAACUGCUGUUGAGGCCUUGCUCUGGGUCUAACUUGGCUCUGGCUGCAGGUGCUGGCUCUCCAAUGAGGUUACUGAAGUUGUGUGAACCAUGGCACUUCCAUAGCUUGGUGGUUGUGUUGGAAGCCUGGAGGGCUGUGAGGGGCUGGGUCUGACUUACUUGCAAACUUCUGUACCUUUUUAAUUACUA